AAAUGAUCACUUAGUGAGAGUGAGUUCUGUUUAAUACACGACAAAAUGAAGUUCUCGAUUAAAUUUUUAUUUUUGUUCUUGGUGUUCAUGAUAACUCCAAUUUUUGGACGUGAGUCAGCACAAUUCUGUGAAUCAUCCGUUACUGUAGACCAAAUUCGGUUACUUAAAAAUGAAUUUGAAUUCUUCCAAAAGAAUAUCGCUUUUGAUCCUUACGAUUCCAAAAAAGCUGUCACCAAAUACGAACUCUAUCCGAAUGGAUGGUUAUCAUACGGAAUUUAUUCAGACGAAGUUGGAAUAAGCGACGAUGUCUUGUGGAGUAUGAUAUAUGUUGAUGAGCACGGUGAUGCGCAAACGCUCCGUGUCAAUCCAAAUGGAACGAGUUAUGAAGUCACUCACGAUAGUAACGUUAUUGCUAUUUUGUCCACUCUGCAAGAUGUCAGCGAGAAAGAAGUACAAAGUGCCGAAUACUUUCCAGUGAUAGAGAAAAUGGUAGCAAUGUAUCGAUCGGCAAAGUUAUUUCGUUUAAACUUGGAUACGAAAAAGAUUUCCGGCGUAGAGGGUAAAGUAACGCACUACGAAAUUGCACCUAACAGUGACUUUGAGUUCGAAAGAGAUUUUACGCUGAAGAUUGCCGAAAAACGCUCAACAAUUGAAAACUUCACAGUGAAUGGCACCUAUGCUUGUAAGUUCGUAGACGUCGAUAAACAAAUGCACGGUGAAUAUGGAAGUGCAUACAGAUACCAUCUUCUAUCUACUGACAUAACCUUGACCAAUAAAUUUGCGUCAGCUGUUAUGUAAUUGGAAUUUAUUUUAUAUGGACAGUAAACAACAUUUUCGCAAGUACAUUUACUU